GUGUCCUAUAUACAGAGAUGUUGGAUGCAAGUUUUCAGAGGAUAAAAUGGUUGACAACUUUUCAAGAGGCUUUCUAUUGACAUGGCUGUUCACUUGCUGUUUGUGGAUACCACACAUAACAGGUGAAACAUACGUAUGUGACUUUGAAACAGAUCAAUGUGGGUUUACUAAAGAGGCUGAGCCCGCUCAGUGGAUUCGAAAUUACGGACCGUCAUGGUUAAGGAGUACAGUGGGUUUGUCGGGACCUGCUACUGACCACACGGAAGGAGCAACUACCGGUUUCUACAUGGUGUUGUUGAACCUCCCGAACAAGGUGUACAGCCCCGGGGACAAAGCGCGCCUUAUAUCCAGUUGCUACCCAGCAAGUAGAUCAGUGGACGUAACGUUUUACUACCACAUGUACGGAGAUGGAAUCGGACAAUUGAACGUCUUUCUCGUUGAUUGCACUUUGGUAUCACCGCCCGGCCUUUCGGUAAUUAGUAUCACAGGUGACCAAGGGGAUGAAUGGAAGUUAGCCGGUUUUUCACAAGCGAAUGUUGGAGAAUUUAAGAUCGUUUUUGAAGCAAUUCGAGGAGAAACUAAUAACAGUGAUAUUGCUAUUGAUGAUAUCACGGUGAAAAGGACAGAACCAGAAUCAAAUACAGAUCCACAAGAAUAUCUUGACGAGGCCAACAUAGUGUGUACUUUCGAAUCAGAUUCGUGUGGAUAUCAACAAGAUCAAACAGAUGAUACAGAUAUGAUAUACCAUUUUGGGACCUCGUGGCUUCGACAAUUGGACGGGUCAACAGGGCCGACAGGUGACCAUACAAAUGGAAUUCAGAACAACUUUUACAUGAUAUUAAUGAAUAUUCCCGGAACGUUGGACCUACAACCAGGAGACACAGCACGUCUUGUGUCGCCGUGCUACAGCAUUUCUAACUGGGUGCGAAUUCUAUUCUUCUACCACAUGUAUGGAGAAGGAAUGGGAACUUUAAACGUCUAUUCGUCUGAUUGUGAGUUACUUUCUGAGAAACAAAUAUUUUUUAGCGUAUCUGGUAACCAAGGUGAUGAAUGGAAGGAAGGUAACAAUGUCAUAAAAGCUGGUGAUAGUGUCCAGAUCAUAUUUGAGACGGUACGCGGCUCAGAGCAGACGAGCGAUAUUGCUAUAGAUGAUAUUGCCCUCUUCGCUCUUGAUGAUGAAGAUAUAACUACCACCACAGAAGAAGUGAUAACAACUAAAACUGAAGCGCCCACUACACCUGAACCAAUCCAGACCACUGUCCCAGCAGCAACAACAGUAGAGCAAAUUACAACGCAGGCCAAUGUGGUCACCACUCUGGAAGAGAUACAACAAUCCACAAGUCCUACAGUACGGAUUACGGAAAAUGUCGUCGAUCCAUGUAAUCCCAAUCCUUGUCAAAAUGAGGGGGAAUGCACAACUGACAAUGCUGCCUACCAAUGCUUAUGUUUGCCCCAGUGGACGGGUGAUAACUGUGACGUACAAAAAGCUGAACGCGCUGCUGAUGAUAAUUCUGGCUUUACGACUAUUAACGUGGUUGCUAUUGUUAUCGCCUGUAUUGCGGUUAUUAUAUUACUUGGUUGUUUCGUUAUUUUCGGCUACAAACGAGGGCGCACGGAUGAGUCAAAGCCUAAGUAUCAGACACCAUCAUACGCGCACGCAAGAGCGUUACAAGAGCAGCUGUAUCAGAAGCAGAUUCACCUCCCAAGAACAAAUCAAACAUAUCGGCAAAAACAACAACUUAUUGAAGAAGAAAACGAAAGAAAAUUGGAAGAACAACGCAGACGGAAGGAAGAAGAGCGGUUAAAGCAGCAACAACAUCAAAAACAACAGCAGCAACAGGAACAAAACCGCGAAGAAGAAGAAAGACAACGUGCAAUUCAACAGCAAAUAUCAUUAGAUAGUAUUGAGACGAAUGACGCAACAACGAUCAUCCGUCCACCACUCCGAAAGCAGCAAUCGACUGGCAGAAAACUUCCCAAGCUUCCCAACUCACAAAACUUUGUGUAAAUCCGAGGCAUAACGCUUGUCUGUUAAAAAAAAUAUAUAUCGCAAUGUAAAGCACUAAUACUGGAUUCUAGACCAAUCACAAGAAUGUGAAGUAAGACUUCAGUGUUUUAGAACAGACAAUACUUAAUUAAUACACAAUUUUAUGGAAAUCAAGCUUAAUAGUGAAUAUAGAAAUAUAAAUUAAGAAGUUGUAGAAGCUGCACUACACGCAGUUGUAAGAAAUUAUACUUCUAUCUAAACGCAUGACAUCUUUGCUAUAAAUUAUUUCUCCACCAUUAUAUGUGUUUAUUUAAAUAAUUUAUUUUUUAUUCAAAACCAUGUUGUCAUCCUACAUUCUUUUAUAAACUUUGUACUUCCAACGUAUUUAGGAUAAUAUAUAUAGAACGUUUUUGAAUAAUUCUCUUUAUGUACAGUACCGUACUUGAUACGUUUUUAUACUUACACAUUUUGUCACGCUGGACUUGUGGUUGCAAUAUUGAGUUUUUUUUUUAGUUGUUUAGGCUCCACAAUAUUGAUGAUUGUGAUUGAACUCCAUAGUGUAAUAAUAAAUAUGCGAAGCUGAUCACUAUAUCGAUUAUGUAAACUUACUAGGCUUAUGGUGGGGGGGGGGGUGGUAAAGUUAUUUUUAUUGUAGAAAAUAUCCUGAAAGUUUGCCAGGAUUGGAAAACAAAGAAUCAUCAACCACUAGCUAUUUAUCCAACUUGUUCUAGGCCUAUUAUCUGAAGGCCUCAGUAUUAUCUGAAACCAUCUUUGUAGCAUCGCGUUGCUUCGAAACAUAAAUUUAUAACACAAAAUUAUAGUAUGGCUAUUUAAACAAAAAAAAAUUUAAAACUUGCCAUAUCAAAGUGCCGAAGGCAACUUAUGAAUUAUUAUGAUAGUUGUGUUUGUAUUGUUCAAAACACUCUCUGAUAUGGAAAAUAUAUCACCAAUGAGGAUUAUGAAAGUAAUUAGUCUGGAUUAGGAUAGUCGUGCAUUGUUAUAUUCUUGUUUGCUCCCCCACCUCAUUAGCAUAAAGGAAAACACGUUUCGUUUGUCAUAGCCAUGCGAUGUUAUUAUAAAUAACAUAGCUCUCCAGUUCUACUAUAAAAAAUGUAAUUGAGUGACGAUUGGAACUUUCACGUCUUCACCUUAUGUCUAAAAACCAUUAAUUUCGUCAGUACCAUGGAGUUUAAGGUACGGUUCUAAUUGGUUUGUUCUGAAUAUUAACGUUUUGAAAGCCAGACAGUUAUAUCACAUAUCCUAACUUCGGAAAGUUUGUGUCGUUAAUUAGGACGUAAUGGGCCGCGGGCCUAAUAUUUUUUUUUUAUUAGUGGCUAUAUUUGUAUAUAAUUAUGGUCGAGUGGAUUUCGAUUCUCCUUCAUUUCGGCAUCCUAGGGCUAAUAUUCACAGUUCGACCCAAAGGUGUAAGAAAGUGGACCCGGGUCAGGUACCUACGGACACCGCCCACCACCUUUUUAAUAGAAAAUUCAGCGUGAACGUACGGUGCGUACAGAGAAAGCAGUCACUAGGAGCCACAUCGCCGUACUUAUUUUAUAUGAUCUGUGCACGUUAACUUCGAAAAGCUAUUUCGAAUACACGUCGUCAGUAAUCAUGAAGCUGCAGUAAAAUGUAAAGCUCCAUGGGCCAAUAUAGACCUCCUCAUCAUCAGUUUUUUUUUCGACUACCGGUAGCUAAAUUGAGGCGCUUUCUCAUUUAGGUUCCCUAUUUUAUUAAUAUUCAGUCAUAAUAGUACAAUCAUGGUACUAUUAAUCAUCUAUUUAUUCUUGUAUACCCAUAUGUGAAUAAAAGACUAUUAUCUUAAAAUACAGAGAAAUAUAGGUCUACGUUCAAACAUUCAUUUAGAAAUCUUCAGUUAUUUGUAACCCCUUUUUAGGCUUAUAAUUGCUUGUAACUGUUGUUUCUGCAGCAUGGCUUUGCUUAUUUUUACUUAGAAAAUGUU